GGAGGAAUUAAGGAGAAAGAUACAAUAUAAGACGAAUACCAUGCAUCACAUAAGUUUAAUGCAGCUUAUAAUUUUUUCGCUAUUACUUAUGGGAUGCAGCGUUUUGGGCACAGCAACUCACGGAUUGAUUGCUUACGACUGUGCGAAUAUUGAAGUGAACAUGACUACUUACUCUCUGAUGGACGUAGCAUCUUGCAUACCACCAACAAAUAAUCUAACAACGACGGAGCUUAGAAUUCAAAUGCUUCAAAGAAAUUCAUGAAUUGAAGUAAAGGUGUUUCAAUGCAAAGUAAUAAUAAGGACAUCUAUUCGUCAUUGCGGAAUACAUUCACAUACUUCCGAUUACCAGCACUGCUAUGCGUACAUAGUUGAGGAGUUCACAUCUGAAGAAUGCCGUAAGACACACAUGAGUGGAACUGUGAUGUUGGCGAACAACGUGGCAAUUCAAGAAUUAAAAUUAAAUAGUACUACUAGAGGUCAGGAAUUAAUAGUAGGAAGCACAUUUGGAAGCUCAUGUGACGGAGGCGUCUACAGAACUAAGUUUUAUACCUGGACAGGAGCCUUGGUCUACUACGAAUAUGCAAUAUCACUUCAUGACUAUACAGCCACAGUGGACAUCGAAAACAAUCAAAUCAAUCUGAAAGGAGGUCUAACUUGUCCUUACACUCAUGGACGUUGUUUAGAUGCUGAAGAAGUAUAUUUAACCUGGGACAUCGACAUGAAUCGACGAUGUGAAGACAGUGAAUUCGAAGUCAUAUUCGAAGGAGUUGUAAAUAAGACUAAAAGCAACCAGAUAAAAUCAAUAGGAGAAGCCGUAGUAUACAGUACAACAUCAGAAAAGCAUCUAUUUUCGAUUAAAACGAAGGAGAAGACACUUAUAUGCGGACAUACUGGUUUCAAAACGGAUCACCCGAGAAUUCUGAUUAUGGAGUUAUCCGACAUUAGAUCGCCGUUUACCAGAAAACCGACAACAGGAGCCAACAACGAUUUAUUCACUUAUUUCAACUCCAAGAUUACAUUCGUGGAGAACUACAUUGGUCAAAAAUUGGACGACGUUUACCAAUCUGUGAUGGUAGAAAUGUGUAAGCUGGACAAGGCGCUUAUGGAAACCAAAUUGACAUUAGCAAGGAUCAACCCAACAGAGUUCGUCUCUAGUAUCAUUAAAAGGUCGGGAUACACAGCGGUUGUAGCUGGUAAAGUGCUUCACGUCAUUGAGUGCAAACCAGUAUAUGUUACACCCAGAGCAGAGGCUCGAUGUUUUCAAGAAAUUCCAGUUGAUUACAACAACAAAUCAAUGUUUUUGGCACCUGUAACACGAAUACUCCAAACUCGAGGAGUCGAGAUAGAAUGUACAUCAUUGCUACCAGCAAAGUUUAUGUUUGGUGGAAAAUGGUAUACAGCUGAUGGUCGAUUACGGGAAACUACACCACCAGAAAAGAUGGCAUCAGAUAUUGUUACAACUUGGUCGUAUACACCGCUCCCGAGUCUAAUGCAAAGCGGCGUGUACGAUGCUGACAGUCUUCAAAAGAUGAGAAAUAUGAUCUACGAGCAAGGCGAUCGCAGAGUAGCAACGAAUGUCUUUCAUAAGGUAAUAAUUGGACAACAACGAAUCGAAUAGGAUUUUCGCCGCGAUAUAUGAAUCACGGCAACAACACGUAGAUUUAAGAUAACUUCUGUAAAUAUUUUUGAAUAAAGCGAGAGUAGUCUUUGGAAACAGUGCGGCCUUAUCACUUAUCCGAAAACUUCUUCAAAUCUGACGAGAGUGCUUCAGUUUUGAUAGUUCUCAACGUUCGUUGUGAUAAUCUUUUGAUUUGAGCCUCGGAGUUUAGAAUAUAUCAUCCUAGUUGAUCCUCCCCCUUAGAUUGAAAACGAACAUUAUAAUUAACUAGUGUUCCAUACUCAUUCCUCAGGGAAUUUGUACGAAUUUAGUUGAUUGUAAAGGUUCAUAGAAGUCUCGCGGUGAUUUAUCACUGUAAGACAAUCUUACGAAAAUUAGUGGCAAGUCCCAACUUAAUAAAGUCGCCGCCUUCGCACGACUAAGUUGGACUUUCGAAAACCACGACUUUACAGUGAGACAAUUGAAGAAAUUGAGGUGUCGGUGACGGAGACAAUGAAACCGCGAAAAGCUGAACAGGACGCUUCGACAGCUGGUCGAACGAGUUGCGAUUGUGUACCGGAGGCAGUAUGCCUUGUCGCCGAGAUGAUCCCCAUCUACAUUACCCUGACGGAGGAUAUCAAGUGCUACAAACAAUGAAACGCCAGAAACGAUGAUGAGAAUCGAUUCGAUGGUGACGUGGCAGCAGGAAUGUGACAAUACGGAGAAAGGAAAGUAGUCCUACCGGCUCAUCCAAACCUGUCGGCGUGGGUCAAUAGAAAGCACGGAGAGAUGACCUUCCACCUGAAACAGCUCCUACCGAGCCACGGCUGCUUAAGGAGUAUCUUCGUCGGUGUAUGAGGGUACGCAACGUCAACACUGCUUGGAGUGUGAGAUCGUCGAGGAAACACCGGAGCGUCUUUGAAUGUCCGAGGUUUGAAGUGACGUGAGGACCGGACAUCAACCCGGAUAAUGUAGCCUACAGAAUGACAAGCGACGUAAAGACGUGGAACACAGUAAACAGAGAUAUGAUGUAGAUCAGUGAUACUUAACCUGGGGUCCGCGGACCCCCAGGGGGCCGCGAAGUCAUUGCUGAGAGUCCGUGAAGAAAAAUAUAUUUUCCGAGUGCAUAUUGAAAUUUCAAGUCAUGUUUCCUAACAAAUUGAAAAUAACAUAUUGAUAGCAUACAAAAUUGAUGUUUAUCUAUGGGGGUCCGCAGCAACCCAGUGUGAUAUCUAAGGAGUCCGUGGUACGAAAAAGGUUGAGAACCGCUGAUGUAGAUCAUGAUCGUCUUACAACGGAAUGGACAUCGAACAACGGUUUCGGGAGAGCAAUCACCGCCAGGGAACUCUCCGCAGGAAUAAGCUAGAUUCACCGCCGAGGACUAGUCGAGUAGACUGCAACAGAGCAGCGAGUAUAAGUCGUCGAUACGCCAGCGAACCGGACGUCACGCUCCAUGCGGAUUCGUCAGACCGACCACGGCACCCCACCGGUUGUUCCGAUAGAAAAAUAGCGAAAACCAAAGAAGAAUCGAUAUUGGGAGAACUUUUUUCGCCAGGGAACUCUCCGUUAGCGUAAGGUAGAUUCACCGCUGGAGACUAGACUGAGUAGACAGCGACGAGACACCACUAGUCGCGGGUCAUCGGCGCACCAGUGCACCGGACACCCUGCUUCACCAGAAUCGCCGAACUGACCUCGGCACCUAGCUGAUUAGCUCGAUCUCGGGAGAACUUCUCUCGUCGGGGAAUUCUCUGUCGGAGUAGGUUAGGUCCAUCGUCGGGGACUAGACCGAGCUGUUCGCGAACAAGUCGAGGAGCUGAAUGGAUCAUCAAGGAAGUAGUGCUAAAUGGCCCAAGAAGAGAACUAAAGGGCUUAAAGGAGUUGCGGUGCUAAAUGGCACCGGUCACGGAGCCAAAGGGCUCAAGAAGUUGUAGUACUGAAGAAUCGGUAUCGGGAGAACUUCUUCGUCUGGGACCUCUCCGUCAGCGUACAAUCAGAUUCACCGCCGGGAACGAGACCGCGUAGAUCGCGACGAUACACCACCAGCCGCGCCGGGGCUCCAGCAAACCGGAUGCCCUACUCUACCGGAAUCGCCGAACUGACCGCAGCACCUG